AUGGAGGUCACUGGUGACCUCAGCAAGAGUAGUGUCAGUGCUGGAAUAAUUUAUGACGUGAUUGUGGAACCUCCCAGUGUUGGCUCUAUGACUGAUGAGCAUGGACACCAGAGACCAGUAGCUUUCUUGGCCUACAGAGUCAAUGGGCAGUACAUUAUGGAAGGACUCGCAUCCAGCUUCCUGUUUACAAUGGGAGGUUUAGGUUUCAUAAUCCUGGACCGAUCCAAUGCACCAAAUAUUCCAAAACUCAAUAGAUUCCUUCUUCUGUUCAUUGGAUUCGUCUGUGUCCUGUUGAGUUUUUUCAUGGCGAGAGUAUUCAUGAGAAUGAAGCUCCCUGGCUAUCUGAUGGGUUAGAGUGCCUUUUGAGAAGAAAUCAGUGGAGACUGGAUUUGUUCCUGCUAGUGAAAUUUUAAAGGCUCUACCAAUCCUCUAUGAAAUGUGGAAAAGGAUGAAAAACAGCAGAAAAGAAGCAUCUAGUGAAGCCACAGGAAGAACAUUAAAGCUUGAACUCGACGGUCUUGGUGUCAGAGAGCAAAGCUCAUCACAGUGUUUUUCCUGAUGACCUCGCUUGAUGUACCAACAAUGUCAAGUGGCAGUUUCUCCUUAGUUUUCUCAUUCUUAAAGAAAAAAAAAACUCCAUUUCUAAAACUAUAAUAUUGAAUAAAGGUAUUAUUUUUUACAACCCUCCCUUAACACUUUUUGGAGAUGACACUUCUGAUUUUCGGAAAUGAAGGUCAAAUCAGGAGGUGGGCGCCCCUCGGCUGAGGCCCCGGACUGCUCAGCUUUCUCUCUGGUGCUUUGCCUUUAAACCUGUGUGACCAUACGUCCUUCAGACUGGUGUGUGAGACACUGUUUCCUGAACAACACGAUGUAUGAAAGGAGCAGAAAUAAAUGAUUUUUCUAGUUAGCA